AAACGGCAAUUUUUUUUUAACUAUUAUGGUUUUUGUUGAAUAUUUUAAUAAAAUUGCUAAAAAAUAUUCCUCAAAUUUUUCUCAAAUCAUGCACAAACUAAACACGAUUACUAUCUGCAUUAUAAAAAACAUUAAAAACUAUCAAUAACAUCAUUUUUAUUGGUUAUCCACAACAAAUAAGUGCGCGCCAAGUCUCUUUCUUGGUAGACACACCAAGAAAAAACAAAAAAAGGAAAACAUCGCCCCAAAAUAUCCACAGGCGAAGUCCUUUUACACAAAGGCCACAAAGAUAUGUCUCAAAAACGCAAAUUUGAAGAAUAUCAUGACCCAGACUAUCCCCAAGAUAAUUCUGGCAAAAGAUUACGAACCACUUCUUUGCAAUCUUCUGAGCAAAGAAAUGCCCGUAUCAAAGAAAUCAUUAAUAGAGAGUUUAACCGGGAAGUUCAUUUCCGUGAAGAGCAACUCGAUGAAAUCGAUACAAAGUUGGCCAAAGCCAAGGACAUUCUCCACCAAAUCCGUUACACUGUUGUUUCCGAUUAUUACCAAAAGCAAAACUUGCUUUACAGUGAGUCGGAGGCAGCAGUGAUGCGAGGUUCGUCAUUGUUCGAUAAUGAACCUGACGGCCCUCAAGUUCCACUGCAUCCUGCUAUAAAAAAGAUUGUUGGUAAAAAGCCUAAAAGCUAUGAUGAACUGUUGCGUGUUCGACCAACCGUUCGCGAAGCGGCUAAAACCGCCAAAACUUCAAUAAAAGAAAAAUCUCGCACGAAAAAGGAAGAAAAACGCAUUCAACGAAUGAUCAAACAGCGUGGUAUUGUAAUUGAUCAUUCGAAUCCUGAGCAAAAUGCCGAUGUGGCUGCAAUGAUGGGCAUACAGGAUCCAAAUGGUCCACCAAUUAAAAUUCCACGUCAUGUGGAACCGAUAAAAGUAGAUAAACCAUUGCCAAAGCUUAAUAGUGCGAGAUUGAAUAAUCAGACAAAACAUUUGAUUGUUGUGGGCAAUACAUCGAAAUAUAUUGGUGAUGAGAAACCUUCAGAUAAUUCGUCUCAUAAAUGGCUGGUUUAUGUUCAGUCAAAGAGUUCGAUUCCCAUUGAGAAGUUUGUAACGAAAGUUAGGUUCUUUUUGCAUCCGUCGUAUAGACCGAAUGAUGUUGUUGAUGUUGAAAUACCACCAUUUCAACUUGCUAGACGUGGUUGGGGAGAGUUUCCUGUGCGAUUACAGUUAUUUUUUGAUCCGCAAAUUGAUCAGAAACCUGUUCAGUUGGUUCAUAAUUUGAUAUUGGAUAAGACUUUAAGUGGAUUACAGACAAUGGGUGCUGAGACUCUAGUAGAAAUAUGGUUACGAACAGAUUCUAUAAUUCCUCCUUCUCUCUCACCACCAUCAACAUCAACAAAACCAUCAUAUCGCACAGCAACCCUAACAAAAUCCAAACAUCUAUUGUCACCUUCAAAAACCGCUGAAAUUAUAAAUCCCAAACCCGAAAUAGAUGAUAAUCUGUUUGAUUUCUUAGAUAAAAUCGAAUCACCUACGAUAUGUGCAGAUAUAGAAAAAAUACAGCCAACAUUUAUGGAUUCACCAAUAGUCGAUAGUCAAAUAUGUCGGAGACCUCUUGGUUUGCCUCCGGCUAGAAAUAUAACCGAGUCAAUUAUGCGUUUGAGUGAAGAACCAUCAACGUCAUCAGUUUCAUCAUCUUUACCAUCUUCAUCACCCAGAAGUUCUACAAUAACUUCAUCAUCAUCAAUUUUAUUAAGUCCAAAAGCGGAAAAAAAAUUCACACCUAAAUCGCCACCUCCGAUAGUUAGUGAAAACGAUAAAAUUCAUCAACCGGUGAAAAUGAAACAGGAACCACUACCACCACCUUCAUUACCACCGCCAGCACCUCCAACGCCGAUGGUGGCUAUUCCUUCGAAACAGUUUCCAGUGGAGAAAAAGGCUACAUCGACAGUUACACACACAAAUGGCACUAGUUCGCUAAUUGUCAAUCCAAAUGUUCUGCAAAAGAAACUCGUCCAGUUUAUUGACAAAGAUGGCAAUGUUAAGAUCAUGCAAGUUCUUAUCGCUCCAAAAAAACCUGGAGCAGCCCCUCAAACCACAAUACAAAAACCAACAAUUGUCAAUGGGCUACCAAAAGUGGUGACAAACAAUGGAGAAGCUCUGCAACAGCUUCAUAAUGUGAAAAAACCUCCCCCAAAACUGAAUGAUAUCGAUGCCAAUGGCAAUAUUCAAGGCAAAUUUCAAGUAAAAGAAAUAUCUUCAUCACCAUCAUCAUCACCUGCACAUUCUUCACCCAAACACCAACCCACAUCUACAGUAACGCAUUUAGAUAAUAAUUCAGGCUCAAAUCAAUUUGGAUCCAAACCAAUAUUUCGUCGAAAUGGUCCUCAGGUCAAAAAUCAAGUAAUUCACAAAGAAGGCAAAGUUUUUAUCAUUGAUCCCAUGCAAACAAAAAUAAAGCAGGAACAAAAGAAACAGGUGUCAUUGCUUAAACCACAAAUAAGUCUCCUCAAACCGAUUGUUCAAAAUGACAACCUCGGCAACUGUAUUCGUAAUAAUGCAGUCAAGGUUUUCAAACACACUUCAAUUGCAACAGAUCAUGAUUACACAAAUCGACUGAAUCCUAAUCGAUCAGCACCCAAUACAGUCACUAUUACUAAGACAUUGCCUCCAUCACAAUCAUCACCGGCUGCUUUCCGUCGUGCAAAUACAAUUACAGUUCGAAAUGUUAUAAAUCCGGCAAAUUUCGUACCUUCACGGGUGCCGGAAUUGAAAAAGGGAAAUUUCAUUCCUGUUAAAGUAAAUCAUAAGCCGGUUAUAGCGUUGAUGAAGAAACAGCGUAGAGAAUAUCGUAGAGAAUUGGAGCAACAGUUUAACAAUACCGCAUUUGCAACUGUUCGUAGUGGAGUGGAAUUCCUUUUGAGACGGCUGCCAAUGGUGAAUAGUUUGGCGUUGGAGAAUGAUUAUAAAAUGGCUUUUCCGUUUGUUAUUGCAACUUGGGCAGAGUUUCGGAAGACAAUUUCAAUUAAGUUAAAAGCAUUAGAGUGGCUACGUGCAAAGUACAUUUCAAGAAGCAUAACUCAACAUCCAAAGCUCAAGACUGCAAACCUAUGGACAACAAAAGAAAUUGUAAUCUUUGCUCGUCAUCACGCCUACACACCUGUGAUAAAUUCAACACAAGAAGCAAAAGAUGCCCAAAUAGGGAAUAAUAAAAUUAAAACUGAGACUAAAGAUCCCAGCUUAACUGAAUUAGUGAAGAAUGAAAUUGAAAAAGAACACAUUCACUAUCAAACUGUGACGCCAAAUCAUCGAAUAUGUGAUUGGACUGAACGAGCAUGGAAGCGUGUUAACACUCAUUAUAAAGAACACGAAACAAUAAUUGAUGUUGACGGCUUAGAUGAUAAUGAGUCGGAAACAAAACGCUUAAUAAAGCAAUCACCUUUGAAAACAUACCAAGGCAAAUUGUGGCUGUCGAUAGAUGAGAAGUUGGAGAAGGAAGCCAAUUUAGUGAGUGGAAUGUGUCAGGAUAUUGGUAUUCGUCUUCAGCCAGAGGAAAUACAUCGAGAUGUAAUUCAUCCGACGGCGCAAACUCUCAUGUCUAAGACCCUUCGUCUCUUCAUCCAGGAUAUAGUUCGUCGUUCGAUUGCUUUCAAAAUGAAAAACAAUAAAGAAAUAUCACCAAAUGAUAUUUGUUUAGAGCCAGAUAAUAUUCGUAGUGCUCUCAACUCCCGGACUGAGUUUGAUUUCAUAACAAAUAAAUACUUUGGUACAAUUAAAUCAAAGGACCUACUCGAGUUGGGAUAGGAACGUAAUUUAAAAUAAAAAAAGAAGUGUAAAUUAGAAAAAAACUAAACUUAAAGUUAACUUUGUCGGUGUAUUUAUUUUAUACAAGUCAACUGUAAAUAUAUUUUAUUAUUAUUUUUAA